AUGACGGAAAGCUGGAGAACGGCUGCUUCCUACGACGAUAUAGCAAGAAAGCGAGCUGGUGAUUUGACAAGCAAGGAGUCCUCUUUCCGUUUCUUCAACAACUAUGUAAAGAAAAGUCUCAUCCAAUUUGCCCUGGAUCACUUAAAGUAUAAAGCGGGAUGUUCCAACGUAAAGGUUCUUGACCUGGCCAGUGGACGGGGCGGUGAUAUUGGGAAGUGGCUUCAUUGCCAAAGCCCCGAAUUGAGUUUCGCCACGGCAAAGUUGCCACGACAGCGUUUAACGAAGGCUUCCUUUUUGGAUUGCUACGAUGUUUCUCCCGAGUGCAUCGCCGAGGCGCGGAAGCGUUACGAAACGCUUGCAUCAGGCGCAGACUGUGUUUGUGUUUUCAGCGUUAGAGAUUGCUUCAGCGAGGAGUUUCUUCGUGGCGAGCUACCGGCGUCGGAGAAUUUUGGUAAAUUUAACAUUGUAUCUAUUCAAUUCGCAUUUCACUACGCAUGUGACACACUGGAGCGUAUUGACAUGUUAAUGGCGGCAAUAGCAGGUGCACUGGCGCCUAAUGGUGUGUUUAUUGCCACGACAGUGGACGACGAGGUCUUUGCUGAGCGUGUGCGGGAGAGGCAAACCGAAAGCAGCGGCCUGUUUGCCCUGCAAUUUGAUUCGGAGCCCGUCUGGGAUGGGGCUAGACUUGCCGUGGGCACAAAAUAUCGUUUUGAAUUGGAGGGCUUUGUCGACUGCGACGAAUACGUCGUUCCGGCCUCUUACGUCCGCGAGCGUGCCAUGUACUACGGUAUGGAGGAGGUGACGGAAUUUUCCAAAACAUUCCAGUCCUUCUACGAGGAAUAUAAAAAAGACCAGAGCAAAAACAAGGGACUUUAUUUGGCCCGCGGUGCGUUGGAGCUCGCCACCCUAUACCGGACAUUCUGUUUCCGUAAGGCGAGUUGA